CAAGCUUCCAGCGCCUGUUAACGGGUUUACCUGUGCGGCGAGUAUUCCUGAAGUGAAGAAGAAACCGGCUACCACGGGACUGGAGCAGCAGACUGUCUGUUACUGGGAAUUUGAUGCAACUUUACAGCUGCCGUUCAAAACAGCGUUGAAGACUUCACCGCUUUGUGGGGAUGGAAUAAAAUAGCGGAGUGUUGCCAGUCGUUAGGCCCGCGGAUAGCUACCGUUAGCCAGCCGAGCUAGCUGCGGAGAGGCGGUCUAUCCUUGUUUGGGUCACAAGCUAGGUGCUAUUUUUGUUAGCAUAACAGAUAGCCUACUGAGGCUGCUAGCUUGUUUUUUUAAUGCGAAUAUAUUGAAGAAAGGUGCUGGAGUCUACUGCAGUUGAGUUACAGAAAGUUUCAAGUUAUCCCACUCGGCUAAUCUAGUUAUCUAGUAAGGGAAGUAGCAAGCUGCGUGUUUGUUCAAAGUUGAGCUCUUGACAUGGGCAGAAGGAUGAUUUGUGUGUUUUAGUUAUUGGAUUGCAUGUUGAUGAUCAAAUAUCUGGUAGUCGCAGUCCAGACCGCACAGUCUCUCUGCCCCUCCGCGGGACCUCACUUAAUAUCUUCCUCGUCCCUUCACACCUCCUCCCGCCGACCACUGUCUCCAGUCUGCGGCCGGCUUCAGUGGCUGGCCACACGGCGCUGACUGCCCAAUGGAGGAACAUGACAACAUGGACUAUUUUUACCAGCAGGUAGUGCAGAAAGACGUUACCCGCAGGCUGCAGGUCGGCCAGGACCUCAUUGACUACCUGAACGACCCGCAGCGCUCUCCGGACGUGGAGCAGGACAAACCCCGGCUGGAUAAGACCAUAGAUGAGCUAACGGGAUGGGUGAACGCCAGCAAUUUCAAGGUGGCGUUGUUGGGAAUCGACAUCUGCGGUGCAUUUGUGGACCGCAUGGGGGAGCGGUUCAAAGGAUACCUGGGAACAGUGUUGCCACCCCUGGUGGACAGGCUGGGUGAUGGGAAGGACCAGGUCAGGGAAAACAGCCAAGCUGUCAUCCUGCGCUGCAUGGAGCAGACUGCCUCGCCCAUGUACGUUUGGGAAAAGCUACUUACUAGUUUUAAACACAAGAACUUCCGCAGUAGAGAAGGACUCUGCCUCUGUCUCAGUGCCACGCUCAACACGUAUGGAGCUCAGCCAUUGAGUCUCAGUAAAAUAGUUCCUCAUCUCUGCUCUCUGACUGGAGACCAAAACCCACAGGUACGUGAGGCCUCCACAGCAACACUUGUGGAUGUUUAUCGCCACGUUGGAGAGAGAGUCAGGGUGGACCUGGGAAAGAGAGGACUGCCUGCUGCACGGUUACAGACGAUAUUCACUCGUUUUGAUGAAGCCUUGAAUUCAGGCAACAUGGCUCUCAGCCUGAGUCACGAUCGUAGUUUUGAGGAUGAUGACAGCGUGGAUGGGAAUCGUUCUUCAGCCCAGGCUGCCUUCAAGGUCCCCAAAGUUCCCAAGAAGCCUGCAGAGUCUUCCGCUGCACGCAGGCCCAGCGCUACCGGUAGCAAGCUAGUGUCCAAGGACAGUGCCGGAGGAGUUGAUGAAGAGGAUUUCAUUAAUUCUUUCACAGAUGUCCCUACUGUCCAGAUCUACUCAUCAAGAGAUCUCGAGGACAACCUGAAUAAGAUCCGUGAGAUCUGCUCUGAUGACAAACACGACUGGGACCAGAGAGCCAUCGCUCUGAAGAAAAUCCGCUCAUUGUUGGUGGCGGGCGCUCCCACCUAUGACUGUUUCUACCAGCAUCUACGGCUACUGGAUGGAGCCUUCAAACUGUCUGCUAAAGACCUGCGCUCCCAAGUGGUCCGGGAGGCCUGCAUCACUGUGGCCCACCUUUCAACGGUGCUCGGGAACAAAUUUGACCAUGGAGCGGAAGCCAUUGUCCCCGUCCUGUUCAACCUCAUCCCCAACUGUGCCAAAGUCAUGGCCACCUCCGGUGUGUCGGCUAUCCGCAUCAUCAUACGGCACACCCACGUCCCGAGGCUCAUCCCCCUUAUAACCAGUAACUGCACUUCCAAAUCUGUGUCUGUUAGAAGGCGCUGUUAUGAUUUUUUGGACCUUCUGCUACAAGAAUGGCAAACCCAUUCUCUAGAGAGGCACACAACAGUUCUGGUUGAGAGCAUCAAGAAGGGAAUUCGAGAUGCCGACUCAGAGGCCAGAGUAGAGGCCCGCAAGGCCUACUGGGGUCUGAGGAACCACUUUCCAGUGGAGGCAGAUGCUUUGUACAACUCAUUGGAGUCGUCGUACCAGAGGACCCUUCAGUCCUGCCUGAAGAGCUCUGGCAGCGUGGCCUCACUUCCCCAGAGUGACCGCUCCUCGUCCUCUUCUCAGGAGAGCCUCAAUCGGCCUCUGCCUUCUAAAUGGUCAGCAGCUCCAGGGCGAGUCCCUGCGGGUUCAAAAGGUGGGGUGUCAUCGGCCUCCCUGCAGCGUUCCCGUAGUGACGUGGAUGUAAAUGCAGCAGCAGUCGCUAAGCACCGGCAUGUCGGACAGGCCAGGGGAGCGGGCCGACUGCCCCCUGGCUCCUACUGCUCACUGGGCCGUGUACGCACCAAGCAGCCCUUGUCCACUGCCAGCAACGUGUCCAGCCAGGUGGACUCCCGAGGACGCAGCCGCACCAAGAUGGUCUCCCAGUCACAACCCGGCAGUCGGAGUGGCUCCCCUGGCCGCGUGCUGACGAGUACAGCGCUGAGCACCCUGAGCACAGGGGCCCACAGGGUGCUGGCAGGGGCCAGCGGGGACGGACACAGACGAAGCCGCAUCCCUCGUAGUCAGGGCUGCUCCAGAGACUCCUCCCCCACCCGGCUGUCUGUUGCUCCCUCCAGCAUUAGUUCCAUCUACAAUGGUGCAAGCAGAGGAGCUCGGGGCAGUCGUAUCCCUCGGCCCAGUAUGAGUCAGGGCUGCAGCAGAGAGGCCAGCAGGGAGAGCAGCCGGGACACCAGCCCCGUACGCUCCUUCACACCCCUCGCAACGCGGAGCUACUCUCGCUCCACCGGAGCUCUCCACACACCUGAUGCUUUUGGGGCUGCAGGAUCAGGUUUUGGCAUUAGUCAGUCCAGUCGUCUCUCUUCUUCUGUCAGUGCCAUGAGGGUCCUCAACACCGGCUCCGACGUAGAAGAGGCUCUCGCAGAUGCACUGCUGUUGGGAGACAUGCGGUCCAAGAAGCCAGCAAGGCGGCGGUAUGAAAACUACAGCAUGUACUCUGACGACGAUGCCAACAGUGACGCGUCCAGCGCCUGCUCAGAAAGAUCCUACAGCUCAAGGAACGGAGGAGCGAUCCCGACCUACAUGAGACAGACAGAAGACGUAGCUGAGGUGCUGAACCGCUGUGCCAGCGCUAACUGGUCAGAGAGGAAGGAGGGCCUGUUGGGCCUACAGGCGCUGUUGAAGAACCAACGCACCCUCAGUCGGGUAGAGUUGAAGAGGCUGUGUGAAAUCUUCACCAGGAUGUUUGCGGACCCUCACAGUAAGCGAGACUGCGGCAGAGUGUACGGCACGGCAGAAUCCGGUAUAAGCUCAGCCUCCUUCAAGAGAGUGUUCAGCAUGUUCCUGGAGACACUCGUAGAUUUCGUCCUGGUCCAUAAGGAAGACCUGCAGGACUGGUUGUUCGUUUUGCUCACGCAGCUGCUGAAGAAGAUGGGAGCCGACCUGCUGGGCUCCGUACAGGCCAAAGUUCAGAGAGCAUUGGAUAUCACACGAGACUCUUUCCCCAAUGACCUCCAGUUUACUAUUCUCAUGAGGUUCACUGUGGACCAGACUCAGACCCCCAACCUCAAGGUGAAGGUGGCCAUUCUGAAGUAUAUCGAGACGCUGACGUUGCAGAUGGAUGCUCCUGACUUUGUAAACUCCAGUGAGACUCGGCUGGCCGUCUCCCGCAUCAUCACCUGGACGACUGAACCCAAGAGCUCUGACGUCAGAAAGGCAGCACAAUCCGUGCUAAUUGCCCUCUUCCAGCUUAAUACACCAGAGUUCACCAUGCUGCUGGCAGCUCUGCCCAAAACCUUUCAGGACGGAGCCACCAAGCUGCUUCAAAACCAUCUGAAGAACACUGGCAACGUCGCACAGGCACCAAUGGGCAGCCCUCUGACGCGCCACACCCCCCGCUCUCCAGCCAGCUGGUCCAGCCCAGUCACCUCCCCAACCAACACCUCCCAGAACACCCCCUCACCAAGUGCUUUUGACUACGACACAGAGAACAUGAACUCGGAGGACAUCUACAGCUCACUGAAAGGUGUCACUGAGGCGAUUCAGAACUUCAGCGUCCGCAGCCAGGAGGACAUGAAUGAUCCGGUUCAACGACGGGAGGGAGAGGAGAGUGGCAGCGGGACAGACGUAAUGGACGGCGGGCGCAUGGCUCUGGACAACAAGACUUCCCUCCUCAACACCCCCCUGCUCUCCUCCAGCCCCAGAGGAGCCCGCGAGCACUUCUCCGACUCGCCCUUCAAGCAUAGCCGCAAAGACACCAGCCUGGACGACUCUGAGCAUCUCACUGAUGAUAGCAGCCUGGACCAAUCAGAGCUAGUGGCCGAGCUGCUGAAAGAGUUGUCCAAUCACAACGAGCGCAUUGAGGAGAGGAAGGCGGCGCUGUGUGAGCUGCUAAAGCUAAUUCGAGAAAACACUCUGCAGGUGUGGGACGAACAUUUCAAGACCAUCCUGCUGCUCUUGCUCGAGACGAUGGGCGACAGAGAGCAUGUGAUCCGAACACUGGCUUUGCGGGUGUUGAGAGAGAUUCUCAGCAAGCAGCCCUGGAGGUUCAAGAACUACGCAGAGCUCACCAUCAUGAAGGCCCUGGAGUCACACAAAGACCCCCACAAGGAGGUGGUACGAGCAGCAGAGGAGACAGCAGCCAUGUUGGCGUUGUCCAUCAGUCCAGACCAGUGUAUCAAAGUAUUGUGUCCCAUCAUCCAGUCAGCUGACUACCCCAUCAACUUAGCUGCCAUCAAGAUGCAGACCAAGGUGAUUGAGAGGGUUCCUCGCGAGGGCCUGAUGAGCAUGCUGCCUGAGAUAGUGCCAGGACUCAUACAGGGUUAUGACAACUCUGAGAGCAGUGUGAGGAAAGCGUGUGUGUUCUGCUUGGUGGCCAUCUACGCAGUGAUAGGAGAGGACCUCAAACCGCACCUCGGCCAACUCACCAGCAGCAAGCUGAAGCUGUUGAAUCUGUACAUCAAGCGUGCCCAGUCCGGCUCCAGCGGCAGUGAACCCCCAACUGACGGCCUAUAGGAGACACAGUGCCCUCCUACAGGGCAACAACAGAACUGCAACCCUGCCCACCAAACAAACAUCUGCUCAUGAGCUCACACCCACACAGACCGAGAACAAAACACCCAUCCUAACACGCUCUUACAGGAGCAAACUGCAUAUAUAUAAAUAUACGUAUAUAUGUACACACAACCCUCAUAUUGUACAUUUCCGGCCCCCACUGCAAGAUGCUGAAAAGAGGAGUUGGAGAUGUUGUAGCUCUCUUGACCAACGCUGAGGAUCCACCCUGAUCUGACUGACAACAAACUGAACUCUUCAAGUUGGUUUAAACAUAAACAAACACAUACAUACAGUCCCAGGUCUGUCACUAAUCACUCAAGGAUGAAGAUGUCCGUCCUCUCCACCUGCUUUAUAUCCAUUGGCCCUCCUCCGAACACAGCAGUAUCCCCUCUGAACAUCUAGAUGUAGUUAAGGGGGCUGAGAUGAAUGAAUGGUUGCCGUAUUGUUCCUUUCUUGAACAGUGGGGCCAGGUUAGACAGGAAUGUAUAUUUACAUUGUGUCAUAGUUUGGAUUUCUUUUACGCCAUGAGGUUUUACUGCAGCAGUUUUUAAUGUUUAGCAGUUUCUCUGUCACAUAAACACACACAUACACACAUACACGUUCUCUCUUUCAAAAAAGGUGCUGAUGAGCCUAAAAGGUACGACCAACCUAGCACAGCACUAACGUGAGUCACAGUGGGUCAUGCCUGCUCAUAGCAAAUAUAGUGCAUAGGCAGAUUCCAAAGUAUAGGAGGCGUUAUGUGCUUGGCUAUGCAUGAGAACUAAAAACAAAUUUUUAUCGGGGGAAUUAUUCAGUCAGAAUAGUGAGACUGAGGUUUUAAAUUAAUGUGAACAAUGUCCGCCCCUUUUAGAAAAAUCCACAGUGUACUCCAUUUCUCACAGCUCAUCUCGGAUCGGUCCACUUCUGGGCAACAUGGGGUGGAAAAUGGGUGCGUGCUGCUUGCUACAUGAAGUAUGGCAGGACAUGGCUUAUCAUCACAUAGUGGAUAUGUAUCUAUAUAUGAUAUUAAAAUGGAAUAUCCAAUAACAGUCAUUUUAGGAGAGUCCCUGUGGGGGGUGCAUGCGCGCACCUGUGCCCAUCCUUGUUUUUAUUUUUUCUCUCUGUUGCGCGUGAAGUAGUCUCUCUCUCUCUUUCUCUUACUCUCUCUCUCUCUCUCAUACUUAUUUUUUCUCUGCUGAGAAAUUUGUAGAAAUGUAUUAUUUACAGCUCUGAAAAAAAACUGUCAUGUCACCCUUUCUCUUCUCCUCUUCAUCGUGUUUUUCUUUCCUCCCUCUUGUAACAUUCUAGUUUUCACUGUUGUGUUUCCUCUGUGCAUUUACAAAGCUGUGCUUACAUUAAAAUAAAGAACGUGUACAGUU